UGCUUCCUGCCGCAGACACACCAGCCUCGCCUCUCAGUCUCUCUCUGCAGCGGCCGACCGCUACAAACAAACGACGACCCGGGAGCACACACACACACGCACCUACUUCAGGACCGGGACCGUACCGGACCGGGACACAGGACCACAGAAGAGGAGGACGGAGACCGACAGGAACAUGACAGAAAACACCAAAACCCACGUCAUCCUGCUGUCCUGCGGCAGCUUCAACCCCAUCACCAAGGGACACAUCCAUAUGUUCGAAAAAGCCCGAGAAUAUCUGCACAAAACAGGUCGCUUCAUCGUGAUCGGAGGAAUCAUCUCACCGGUGCACGACUCCUACGGAAAAUCUGGUUUAGUUCCCAGCAGACAUCGUCUCACCAUGUGUCAGCUGGCUGUUCAGUCCUCUGAUUGGAUCAGGGUGGACCCCUGGGAGUGUUACCAGGACACCUGGCAGACGACCUGCAGCGUGCUGGAGCAUCACCGCGACCUGAUGAAGAGAGUCACCGGCUGCAUUCUGUCCAACGUCAACACGCCAUCAACAACUCCCGUGAUUGGCCAGCCACAGAACCAGGCUCCUCCCAUCUACCAGAACCACAACAACAUGAAUCACAAGCCCACAGCCAUCAAACUGUGGGGGAAGAUCAGUGAGAGUUUGGGGAAGAUCUGCUGCGUCCGCCCUCACAUCGAGCGCUUCACCUUCGUCGAUGAAAAUGCUAACCUGGGUACCGCAAUGAGAUACGAGGAGAUCGAGUUACGCAUCUUGCUCCUGUGUGGCAGUGAUCUCCUGGAGUCCUUCUGCAUCCCUGGUCUGUGGAAGGACAGUGAUAUGGAGGUGAUCGUGGGGGAUUUUGGGAUCGUGGUGGUUCCUCGUGAUGGAGCCGACACAGAGAGGAUCAUGAAUCACUCCUCCAUCCUCCGCAAGUUCAAGGACAACAUCCUUGUGGUGAAAGAUGGGAUGAGCCACCCGAUGUCCAUCGUCAGCUCAACCAAGAGCAGACUGGCCCUGCAGCACGGUGACGGCCAUGUUGUGGACUACCUGUGUCAGCCCGUCAUCGACUACAUCCUGCAGAGUCAGCUGUACAUCAACGCCUCCGGAUAAUCGACCACCUGCCCGCAUGACAACAGGCAGAGUGGAGGAGGGGGGGAGGGGCGCUACCUUCAACCACCACCAUCAUCCCCCUCCCAAAAAAACCCCAACAACUUCCUUCUCUGUCUUGUGUGUCAAACAUAUACUCUUCUUUGAGCUUUCUGACUGGAGCAUUAGUGUCCCUCCUUCUGUCUGUGUCAUGUGACUUUACCAUCAGGGAGGGGGUCAAGGUGGGCUGGGAUGGGGUGAAUGGCGGGGGGCAUUUUGGGAUGACAUGGCGGUGUUGGAGAGGAGGUGUGGAGAUCAUCUCUAAGGGCUGCAGAGGUGUCAUUGAUGUAUUUUCACUGCAGAGGUGACGGCAGUGUUUUUCUCUCUGUUUGUUUUCUGUCUUUAUUAAAGUUCGGGGGUGCAUGA